AUGAACCCCCAACGGGCACAAGACAGAAGCACCCAGCAGGUUGGCGGUGGAGGAGGUGUUGCUUCCCCUGCCGAGUUCUGGCGCUGCUUGGCGGCCGAGUUCUUCGCCAUGCUGCUCUUUGUCCUUCUCAGCCUCGGCUCAACCAUCAACUGGUACCCCAUCGAGGAGGAUCCCCGUCGCGCUGACCUGGUGCUCAUCUCGCUCUCCUUCGGCCUGAGCAUGGUGCAGUGCUUCGGUCACAUCAGCGGAGCUCACGUCAACCCUGCGGUCACGGCAGCCAUGGUGGUGGCCAGGAAGCUCCGCCUGGCUAAAAGCGUCUUCUACCUGCUGGACCUGUGUGUAGGAGCCGUAGUGGGGGCCACCAUUUUGUAUGGCAUCACCCCGGCCUCUGAGGGUGGCAUGGGAGUCACCACGCCCCUGUCUCUUUAA